CAUCUGGAAUAACGCUGGGAAAAUCCACAAAAUUCAUUAUCGGGUUGAAGGAGGCGAGCAGCGUUCAGAUCAAAUAAUCCCCGUCGGGCGAGCGUUUCCAUCGGAGAGGUUUUCUGUACUUUGCAGCAGCCAGAUCAGUUUUAUUGGGGUUUUUUUUUAAAUUCCAGCAGAGAGUCACCUCGCCCAGGCUGCAGUAUAUAUACAGGAACCAUGGGAAAGCAGAACAGCAAGCUGACUCCCGAGGUGAUGGAGGAUCUGGUGAAGAACACAGAGUUUAACGAACACGAGCUGAAGCAGUGGUACAAAGGCUUCCUGAAGGACUGCCCUAGUGGCAGGCUGAAUCUGGAAGAGUUCCAGCAACUGUAUGUCAAGUUCUUCCCUUAUGGUGAUGCAUCCAAAUUUGCACAGCACGCAUUCAGAACCUUUGACAAAAAUGGAGACGGGACCAUUGAUUUCCGAGAGUUCAUCUGUGCUCUGUCCAUCACGUCCCGUGGCAGCUUUGAGCAGAAACUCAACUGGGCCUUCAAUAUGUAUGACCUUGAUGGUGACGGCAAAAUCACCAGAGUGGAGAUGCUGGAGAUAAUCGAGGCUAUCUACAAAAUGGUGGGCACCGUAAUCAUGAUGAAGAUGAACGAGGACGGUCUGACACCACAGCAGAGGGUAGACAAGAUUUUCAGCAAAAUGGAUAAGAAUAACGAUGACCAGAUCACGUUGGAAGAGUUUAAAGAGGCGGCGAAGAGCGACCCGUCCAUUGUGCUCCUCUUGCAGUGUGACAUGCAGAAGUGAGCCCCACCUGCUCGUCCCCCGUCUGUCUCCGUUCACACUGGACAGCAGCACACAUUUUAAUGUCUCAUUAGGUUCUCUGCCAUUUCCACAGGAAAAAAAAAAACCCAAACAAAAAAUUAAUGCUUGGACUAUUUUUCAAUGGACUCGCUUCUUGUGGUUGUAUGCAUGAGAAUGUCAAAUGCUGAAUUAUUUUGAAUAGUUAUAAGGUAUCAUACAUUUCGAUUACAAAAUAUGCCGGUGAUUUGUGCACAGUAAGCCCAUACAUCCCCACGCAACUUUAGCUUGUAUAUUAGUGAAUCACUGCAUUAAAUUACAUUCCUGCAAUAUUUAGGAUCCCCAGUGUUCACUGCUGAAACUACUGUACGCUUUACAUCAUAGUAACAAAACAACAAUUCCUAUGAUAGUUGUAACUGUCUCUGCUAUCCAGACUUGUUGGGCUCUUGGAAAAUAGAGAGGCUCCUGUGUGUUCCAGAUGUUUUCACAUGAUGGAACUAAGAGUAGGUUCUUUGCAUGCAUAUAUUAUGUGUCAAAAAUAUAAUCUCUUACCUUUUGCAUCUUUAGGUGGUUAUAAAAAA